GGGUGAACAAUGAACACGAGAAUAUACUGUCUCAUUUUCCUUUUUGUGAACCUUGACACAGUGCAACAUGCGGAAUGUCAAAAAAUAAACGGAGCCACACUUGCCACUGAGCUUAACAGGGUGGCUAAUGCAGUGGGGCGGUCAUUUAUACAAAAUAUCUAUGACAAACUAAAAUAUACACAUACAGCAAGAAACGGAGGUGAUCAUUCACGAGAAAUUGCACGGAAAAUUAGUCAACGAAUGGAGAAUAUGAAAACUUCUUUGACUUAUCUUAAACAAACAAUGGAGAAUACGUUUGGGCAGAUGGCUCCCAGUAAUACAUACCAGGAUUGCUGCGUGGACGGUAAUUACGAGAACAAUCUGCAUUUUAGAACCAAGGUAUCAUUAGAGGAGUUUUGCUAUAGUAAGCCAAAUUAUGUUAGAGAAGAAAACCUUAGAUAUCCUACGAUGAAUGUACUGGAUACCAUGAAAACAAACCACGAAAACAACAAAAACCUCCAGUUUCAAUACAUUGCUCUGAAUUCAGGACUUUUUAUUAAUUAUCCAGCAACAAAAUUAACUGACUGUGACACAUAUGAUCCGAGGUUCAGACCUUUUUUUGUGGCCAGUACUACUACUACUCCCAGGGACAUAGUGGUCGUCAUAGAUAUAUCCGCUUCCAUGAGAGGGUAUAAGUUGACUGCAGCCAGGCAUGCGUUUAGCACUGUCAUUAAAACACUAAGUGCCAAGGACAAGAUUGCUAUUGUUGUAUUUAAUGAUGAGGCGGACAGCCCCAGUGGUUGUUACAGUGAUAUGUUAGUCCCGGUCACAAACACAACUCAGGAAUAUCUGGAAGGUUUCCUUAACGCGAAAGGGGCGAGUGGCGGAUCUGACUAUGCUAAGGGUCUCCGCAAAGCAUUCAGUUACCUAAAGACAAACUCAAGCAAAGGGACAAUGUCGAGAGAGCAGAUCAUCUUAUUUUUGACUGACGGGGAAAACUUAGGAGACAAUCCACUAGAAAUCAUCAGGGAUGAGAAUCAACAACUUCAGAAUAGAGUUGUCAUUAAUACGUACGGUAUAGGAGCAGGUCUGAGCAGCGAAGACAAAGAGUUGUUGAAAAAUAUGACUGAACAAAAGCUUAAUAGCAUUUCAUAUGGUCAUGUAAGGUCUGGAAAAUCUGUCAUCAUAGCGGAUGUUCAGACGACUUCACUGUCGGAAGUACUGGGUACUUACUACAACUACUCCAGUCUACCUAUAUCACAGUCCCCCGCAUAUACACAACCAUACAAAGACUUGUUCAGUAGAGAAUUCGUGAUGACGGGUUGUUUGCCUAUUGAGCAUCGUGGAGCCUUUGUUGGGGUGGUGUGUGCCGAUAUUUUGUUAAGUGAGCUGGUAUCGGAAAUCAUGUACCUCCAAGAGGGAGAAUUUUCUUACGCCUUCGUAAUCGAUGGUGAAGAACGGACACUGAUUCAUCCGCUUCUUCCGGAUCCACGUGACGUCACUGCAGAGGAAUAUGACGUAAACAACAUCUAUAACUUUGAAACUUCAGGAGAUGUUCAUGAAGUUAUAAAUUCCAUGAAAAAGAAAACGGGACAGAGAAUGUUACUGACGACUGUGAUAGAGUCCAGAGGAGACCGAUUGUACGAUGGAGACUCUCAGAGACAGCUUGAUGCAGUGUACUACUGGACUCCGAUUGUUGCAUCUGGAAGCAAUUUGUCUCUGUGCCUUGUGUUAAAGAAAAAUAGCAACAUCACUACACUUAAUGACCUUCCGCGUUCGCCUACAGACACCAGGGGUUUUGUAUACCAUAGAUGGGAUUUAACCAGAUGGCCCCCACCAUACUGUAGACAUUUCAACAGAUAUGCCACAAAAGCCAGAACGACGGUAAAAUUUACACCAGACGCGUUCACUGAUCCGCUAGAAUACAAGGGGGUUGAAGAAACUGAACAAAGAGUGCAACAGUAUGCGAAAUAUCUCGCUGGAACAAUUACAACAAAUCCAGGACUUAAAACGUCGGCUAUCAAUUCUAUUCGAGCUACUCAUCCCAUUGAAGACUUCUGGAAAACAAACUCUAGUCGAGAUGCUCCUUACCUGGUUUGGCGAUAUAUAAUGACGGAAGAUGGUGUCAAUAGAAUCUACCCAGGAAUACGGUUAACCAAUGAUUAUGAUCAUAAACUUAGACCUUGGUACCGCCGAACUGUGUCUCAGAAAUUGCUUAAUGUUGUGUCCGCUCCUUAUGAAGAUUCCUGGGGAUCUGGAAAAGUUAUCUCAAUAACGAGGGCCAUUUUGAACCGCGAAACAAACCAUGCCAAAAUAGAGGCGGUUAUCGGGACAGACUUUUCCAUUUUCUACUUUAACCAGCUGCUUAAAGAUAUUUAUCCUGUAUGUGCAAAUACCACUUAUUACAGCUGUAUUGUGAUAGACAACAGCGGAUUCCUGGUUAUGCAUCCGUAUUAUAUUGAAACAACGUCUCCAAUAAAAGAAUCUAUCCAUAUCACCUACAUGGAGGGUAAGAUAUCGCGGUCGCUAAUAGCAGCUGGUUUAAUGUUCCGAGAGCCAUGCAGAGACACAGAGAAGAAAAAGGAACAAUUUACAUAUAGAGUCAGAUUGCCACAGAGCCAUCCGAAUGGAAUAGUCGAUUCCAUAGAGGGGUAUGAAAUGCGCCCAGUUAGUGGUUCAAACGUCUUUCUUGUUUUAAAACAAAGGGGACUUAAGGAGGAAUCACCAUGCUGUUCUGAAUUGAGUUCCGAACCCCCCAGCAGAGUGCAAUGCGGAGCAGGACAAUGUACUUGCCUUUGCUUCAAGAGCCUGGAUUUUAACGACUGUGAAAAUAAAUAUACAAACCUGGAUGAGAAUGUUCCUUGUAAUCCUAAAUUACCAAUUCUUGGUUCUGUCAGUCCACCUGAGGAAGAUAGAACUAGAUAUCUAGAUACCUGCUUUCCAACAAGCUGUCCUUGUCGAAAAACAGAAAGGCAAUGCUUUCGUACAUCUGGCUGUUCAUGGUGUACAAGUACGAAGGAGGGAAAAUUGUUUGAUUUGAUUGGAGGAUUUUGCGAUUUGAAGGAAUCUUGUCCUAACCAAAUGUGCGUCGAAAAAGAUUGCAGUUCUAAAUGUUGCAAUGCAGAGUGUGACUCAAAGGAAAGUAAUUCAUUGGUGGAAAUAGUUGCUCCUACUGUAUCCGUAGUGGUCAUUAUUAUCGUCGUCAUUGUCGUCGCCAUCAUCGUCUUCUUCGUUAUACGAAAAGGACGAUCUCAAACAGAUGACACAUACUUUGACCCUGUUCAUACUGGGUCCGACUUUUCCAGUAGCCAGUUUGACUACAAUGCCGCUACUGAUUACGUCACAAUACCUGAACUACCUGAACUAAGUGCUCGUGCAGAAGAAAAUUUAAAAAUAAAAGAUGGCAAAGAAUAAAGGAGUGGGUGAGAAAAAAUUAUGAAUAUCAUACAAUAUCGUAUCUUAUCAUCUGGUUGAGAACCAUUCUUAUGAGUAUGGAGAAGAUACCUGGUAUACAUGUAUUUGAUACAUAAUGGUAUCUCAGUGUGAUGAGCGUGUAAUAUUUUGGUAGCUCUUUUAUUGAAGUUUAUGCCUUGGAGAUACUGUUUAACAUCAUUUUUUUUUUAUCAAA